AUGGCUCUUUUUGAGUCCCAUCAAGGACCCUGGAUGUGUAUAGGCGACUUUAAUUUUAUUCUCAAUAAGGAUGAAAUUUUAGGGGGAAGGAAAGGAUGCUCAUCAACCAACAAUUAUCUCAAUGAGUUGAUGUUCGAAUUCGGAGCCAUUGACUUGGGGUACACUGGAAGUAAAUACACUUGGGCUAAAGGCAUAUGGGGAAAAGCUUCAAUCAAGAGAAAGCUGGACAGAGGCAAUAGAGGCAUAGCAAAUAUAUCAUGGAGGUUGGCAUACCCGAGAGCUUCAAUCACCUAUCUAGGAGCAAUCAGCUCCAAUCACACACGAAAACUUCUCAAAACCAAUCCACAAACUAGUUUCGCUCAUUGCCCUUUCAGAUUCGAAGCAACUUGGCUUAGAGAUGAACGAUGCUACUCUGUCAUCGAAACCGUGUGGAAAGAGCAUGUAAAAGGAUCAAAGUUCAUCAAACUUUACAAGAAGGCAAUCCAAGAAGAACCACCAACAGAGAAUAAUGGAGUUCUUAAGGUAGCACUUCAAUUUGAACUCUUGGAAUGGCUGUCAAGAAGCAAAACUCUAUGGCGUCAAAAAUCUAGAGAACUUUGGCUCAAGCUCGGAGAUAGAAAUACCAAGUUCUUCCACCUUUCCUCAAUCAUUAGACGCAAAAGAAACAAUAUUGACGCUAUACGCGACAAUAAUGGCUAUUGGAUCACAGAAACCAACUCCAUAAGAAAUUUAUUCUUGGACAGCUACAAGACCUUGUUCAAGCAAGAGGAAGUCAACUUCCCUCCCAAUCUUGAGCACCUGGCUUUGCUGUGCAAAACCGAGGAUGAAAACUCUAAGCUUUGCAAGAUCCCCAUCCUAAAUGAAAUAAAGUCUACUCUGUUCAACAUGCCAGGUCUCAAAGUUCUUGGACUUGAUGGUUACCCUGUAACAUUUUACAAGUAG